AUGUCAAAGGCAGUCAAACCAGUGAAGCGAGUGACCUUUGGCCCAGUCACAUACUUUUCUGCACCUCUCAUCGAAGCCUCACAAGGCCCAGACUCACAUGAAAACAGCCGUCUCGUAGAUGCACCGGCGCUGCGCCCGCGCGUGUCGAGGCCGGCGACAGUGGCGAUCGGCGCUGCUGGGGCAACGCCGCACGUACAGAAUCAAGCGGACGGACUCCUUGAGAUGGGAGAACCGGAGGAGUACGCGGCGCAGCCAACGCUAUCCCUCGGCUCAGCCGUGGAUGAACCCUACGCAGCACUGUCGUCUGUUCAACAGGCCGCUAAUGUCCCCACUUUCCACAACUGGAAGGGAGGCGACACGCAGGACCGGACACCGGUGUCACAUCCGCGCGCGACUCCCGCGACCUCACCGGUCACUCGGCUGGAGUCGUCCGACGAUGACACGUACGACACACCGGUGGAGAGCAGGCCUGCCACACGGCGUCAUCUGAUGGGCGCGGCAAGGCUCGACGGUCCGGGGACCCGCGAACCGCCACUGUCAAUUUUGGAAAAGUCGCCUACGCUUUCGCAGCUGGUGUCAGCAGUGGACGACGUCCUUGGCGGCUCCCAGCACACCCCACGGAGUCCGUUGGCGGCCUCCUCCUCUGCGAUCGAUCCUCGAGGCAGCUGCUAUUCAACGGAGGUCGCAGCGGAUCGAUCAUGUAGGACGAACUCUUUCCCGCCGACGCCAAUGAGUCUGGUAAAGGUGCAAAAGACCGACGCAUAUGACACGAGAGAAGACAGCGGAUGCUCCAACCCACGGGUCGUGGCAAGGCGCUUGGUCCACCACCGGGAAGGAGACGAGGGCGUCACAGCAAGCGGUUCCACCUGCCAUGCCUCCCAGUACAUGGCCGAGUCGACGGUGGCGCUGACUGUGCCCAAUAAUGCAAGUGACAACGCGCACCCAUCCUUCUGCGUCUUCUGCGGAAUCGGUGCGAACUGCGGGAAUGCUCAGGAGGCACUUCCACUCUGCUUCUCUGACGGCAUUGCGUAUCACACGGCGUGUGCCCUUUGGUGUCCAGAGGUCUUCUACGACAUCGAACUCGGCACACUGAAAGGCAUUGCAGACGCGGCACACCGAGCUCGCCUUAUCAAAUGCGCGUGGUGCCGCCAACCAGGAGCGGGGGUCGGCUGCGCCUGCCCGACGUGUCAGCUGAGCUUUCACGUCCCUUGCGCGGUGAAAGCGCGGGCGUCGAUUAGUGUGCAGGCAUUUGUGCUCUACUGUCCAGCCCACAGAUCCGCCACCGUCAGCAGAACUGCUGGAGAUCAGUUCGAUCCCUCAGGCGGUGGGGCGGCCCUGAAGAGGACCAAGGUCGAAUAG